UCUGUGGCAAACCGUCAUGACAUUGACGUCAGUUAACCAAACAACAACAAAUUCUUAAAAAAAAUAUAUUUCAAUUUUACUACUUUAUUUUAGUUAAAUCAUGAUUAUUAUAAGUAUAUUAGUCAAUCUGGUAAUUGCAGCUGCAGGAACAAACUCAGAAUACUGUGAUGCGUCGUCGAAAUCCUGUGAAAAUGAAAUCGAAACUGCCGAUAGCAAAAAGCUGAUUUUCUACGACGUUAAUCCUCCCGAAGGGUUCAAUUUACGCAGAGAUGUGUACAUGAGGUUCGCUAUAAUGAUAUCGGAGGCUCAAAAACGUGGUAAAAGCAACUGGGAGCUAGUAUUACCUCCUUGGUAUAACCUGUAUCAUUGGAAGACUGAUCGGCACACACAAACUCCUUGGAGUCAAUUCUUCGAUUUAAAAGCAUUACAAUCGUUCGCUCCCGUUAUCGAAAUGCACGAAGUCUUCAGUAGAUCUAAGAAAAAGACUUUAGAAAUUGAUACUUUGUAUGUUUUAGAAAAUUUUGAGGAUGCUUUUGAAAAUGGCGUUUUUGAGGAAAAAUGGGAGGUUCUCGAUGAAUGUAGCUACGACGGUCAGUUCUGGGGUUACAAAAACGUCACAGCUAAAGAGGUCUUAUGUGUAAAGUUUCAAGGAAAGAACUCUAAACUCUGGGAAUUGGUUUCCUUACAUCCUCACAAUACCAAAAUCAUGUUCGCGCACGGCGAAAUACCUUUACACGAUACUUACGGCACAAAAACUUACUGGGAUUGCAGAAAAAGCAUGAAAUUUAACAGCAACCUUGUCAAUAUUGCAAAAAAAUAUAUUAAGCAAUAUUUAAAUUGCAAUCAGCAUCAAUGUAAAACAUACCUCAGCGUACAUUGGAGAAGACAGGACUUUGCCCGUAGUCGUGGCAACGAUGUACCCUCAAUAACGGGCACCGUGAAACAGAUUCACAAAGCAUUAAAAAAAUUACCAAACACUAAAAAGGUUUUCAUUGCAACGGACGCAUCUAUGUCCGAAUUAAAUAACCUUGAGAAGGAAUUAUCAAGUCUCAGUUACGAAAUUCACUUUUUCUUGCCGAGCAGUAAGAUGAUCGAAGAGUUCGGAGAUGGCGGGAUAGCAAUAAUAGAUCAAAUCAUUUGUUCCCAUGCGGUACACUUUAUUGGUACUCAUGAGAGUACGUUUACGUUCAGAAUACAGGAAGAAAGGGAAAUCUUAGGCUUUGAUAGUAGUACUACGUUCAAUCGCCUCUGUCCUGAUACGGGACGCUGUGAAAGAAUGUCAAAAUGGACAAUAGUUAACUAACCAAAAAAGGACAUUGAAUGAAGUAUAUUUAUCAUAAAGACUAUAAAAUAUUACAUCGAACUAUACAAAAAAAAAAUACAAGUGGACCUCUAAAAUCUAAAACUACUGAACCAAUUUUGAAAAUUAUUUUACAGAUGAAAAGCCAUGUUCACUUUCAGAUGAACUCCAUCAUCAGA